GAAGUACAUGUUAGGCUUGCAAAAUGAAGUCCAAAUCCUCAUCCAUAAGCACAGCUCAAGUCAAAAAGGAUGUGAUUCACAGCUGGAUGACAAAACCCUCCUUCCCUGUCUUUCUGCAAAAUGCAGCUGUGCUUGUUUCAGCAGUGGAGCCACAGCUGUCCCCAGAGCUGGGAAGUGAGUAUGGGUACAUGAGCUCUAUGACUCAAAGUCUCCUUCAUUUGGUCCUGUAGCACUGAACAGUUCCUCCUGUAGCAUGGACGAACUAUCUACCCUACUUCAUCUACCCUACUUCAUCACCUUCUGUAUUUGCAGGUUUCCUAUGUAAUGAACUGUUCCCAAGCACUCCAUGGUUGGUUUUGGUUUUGUUUUGUUGCAUUUUUGAGGUUUUUUUGGGGGGGCGUUGUUUGUUGUGGUUUUUUGUUUUGGGUUUUUUUUUGCAUUUUUUUUGCUUCUCUUUCUUUAUCCUUCAGCUUUUCAGAGAGUAGUCACAAAUGCUUAGUUCCCUUUCUUUGUCAUUUGGCUGUGGCAGGUGAGAAGCCAGGGACGGAGCAAGAUGAAGUUAAGCUGCAGAACGCCAGCAAGCAGAUUGUGCAGACUGCUAUCCUCCGAGCAGUGCAGCAAGUUUCCCAGGAGAGCCAGCAAAAGGAGAAGAGAACAAACAGCAGUACAAGCCUCCAGCUAGAAAGAGGAAAAUUAACCAAGAAGCAUGAAAAGAAGUAAAGAAGCAGAUUGGUUUUUUCAGUCCUCCAGUCUGCAGUAUUUUCAGCCUUCUCUUUAGUAUCAGCUGUAUUGCUAGUGCAAUGUUACUGUCGUAAAGCAAACCAAAGUAUAAUCACACCUAGACAUAGGGUAAAGCUGCAAUAGUCCUCAGCUGAGAAAUAUUAAGUGCAUUAGAUGACUAACUCCAUAUUUAUGCAGUGCCUCUUAACAGAAACAAUAACCAUAGCUAUAAAAGUAGUUCCAAGCACAAGCUUUUAUGAUAUGGACUUAUUCUGAAAAGCUUGUUGCCAGUGCACUUUCGUGUAAGUUCUGCGUGCAACGUUUAUGUCACUUCAGCUGGAUGGACUCUUCUUUGAGUUACUGGGUUCACUGAAGCUGUCUUCACUGAAGAAAUAGUUAGCAGAAUGCUUUCAGGCUGCCUUGAAGCACGAGUUUGUACUUUGCUUUGAUUAAACAUGAACUAUGUUGAAAUGGCAGUAUAAAGUAGAUUUGGUAAGUUCCGUGAACCGAUUUUUUUCUUCGUCUUGGGAUGGGGGGGAAGGCAAUCCAGUAAGACUGCAGCGACUGUGAUUUAUGACUGUGAUCAUAGACCUAUGAUCUAUGUCUUUUUUUAAAGAAGUUAAAAGAAGUACAGAAGUUUUAGUCUACUUAUUUGAAAUACUUCUAUACUUCUGCAUAAAAAUCACUUGUGCCUCAACUAUUCUGUUUAAUUUUCUUGAUAUUAAAAGAAGAGAAAUUGAUGUGCCGAUAUGGAGUUCACCAGCUUUUCCUUCAGUUUUGCAACUUUGCUGGGGCUUGAUUUACAGAAAAUUAAGACUGGAGUGGCUUAAAAAUAGGUUUUGAAUUUAUUAAUAUCUUGAAGGAUGGAAAUACACUGUGUCUGAAUUCUGUCAUGGUAGAUAUUUCUCACCUGCUGGGCAUAAAGUUACUUCAGAUAUUUACAAUUGUUACAUGUUCACUUUAAAUAGCACUGUGUUAAGCUGGUAAUACAGAACUUAUCCUGUAACUGCUCUAUAUCACUGAAGAAAUCCAUGACUUUUCUGAAAAUACAAAUUAAAUAAAUGUAGCUUUCACUUUUAUGCUCCCUUACUGUAAUGGUGAUUGCACUAUUAACAUCUGAAAUGAGUAACAGUAUAUUUAAUUCUAGAAUAGCUUGUAGCUCUGCUUCAACUGAAUUAUUGUAGUAAUACACCUAGAAAUAUAGAGAAGCAGAUAUACAGGAUCUGCAAAAGGCGCAAACUUUUGAAAUUGCUUUUCUACUCAGUUAGAUGAUUCUCAAAGAAACUGGUUUAAGUAAUUGGCUAUUACUUGCUGUGUCCUACUGCUUGUGUUAAACAAUUUCAGGAUUCUUUCUCAUGGCUGGAGGCUUAUUCAUGAAUACCCAUAUUCUGUAAUAUUAAGUCUUUGAAAACUGCUUGGUUCCUUUUUUUUUUUUUAAUUCAACAGCAUUGACUCAUAACAGAUAAUGAUUUAGCUCAAUCUUCUUUCGCUUAAAAAUGCAAAGAAGAAUUCAACAUGAUUAAAGUUUUUCUAAAUCUUCUAAUAAUGAAAACUGACCAGGUUUGCAAGUAUGCAGUUGGUUCACUUCCAUAGACACUGGGGGAAUUUUCCCAGCCAAGCAAACUUUGAAAGGUGGAAGUAAUUGGGUCGUGAGGCAUGUGCGUGUUUGUCAUGUUGGUAUGUUUUCUACCAUUAGCCUUUUUGCCAGUUGACCUUUG